AUUCGUUAGCUGUUAUCCGCUCCUCGAACAUGCGUGCAGGGCAAUCAGUCUUAUUUUUAUUCUUCAUACAUCUCUCAACACCAUCUAAUGUGACUUGGAUGAAAAAUGCAGUGUUCAAUUCACCAGAAAACUUUGAGAGCGGCAAAAUUCCGUGUUCCAAAGAAACAGUUCUCUUUUCUGAUUAUCUUCAAGCACCGAUCAAAAUCAGUGGCAAUGUUUCAAUAAACGAAAUUAUAUUACCGAACGACGGUGAAUUCUUUUUGGAUGAUGUUCUUAUACAGUUAGGAGAAGAUCCAGAAGAAAAAUGUGAAGGCAACAGAAUAGUAAAAUUCAAAGACAUUUCAUAUAAUUCAUGGGAAGACCCUGAUGUUUGGUAUUCUGAAAAAUUCAACGAGGCUACUCCAGAUGCAGAGCGUGUUCCUUGUCAUGAAGACACGGUUGUAAUUCCUGAAAUAAGAUACGAUCAGACUUCUAUUGACCUUCCAAGAGUUACUCAAUAUAUUAAAAAAAUGAUUUUUAACAAUUACGAGAUAUCAUAUAAAACGCGCUUUUUGGUGAUAAAUAAUAGAUAUAACGGCAUUUUUGUCGGAGGUGAUGAUGCCAGAACAUUAUCCUUUGUUGAUACAAAAUGUUUGUCAAAAGCUGGAUGUCCUUGCCAAAUAAAUAUGCCACAGAUUAACUGUUAUAAGAAGAUUUGUCAAGAGCCAAAAUGUCUUAACCCAAUACAACCUCCUGGUCAUUGUUGCAAGAUUUGCGGUGGUGGCAUCAUUUUUGAAACGACACCUUCUUUCAACAUGGCUACAUUUACAGAAAACAUCGAAGAUAUUAUUAACAGUUACGGAAGUGAUGUAUUAGCAUACCAUGUUGCAAAACUUCCCGAAACUUUGGAGACAUUAGAUGAAAAUAUGGAAGGUAAUGAAGUAAAGACCAUAUUUAACGAUAAUUCCGGCAAAGUCCAAGUUAUUAUUGUUGAAAAAGGCGACUAUACCGGUAUCAGCACAGAAGCUAUCAACAAAUUGUAUCACAGCAUGUCAAAAUUGGACACAAAAUCAUUGUCUUUAAGUGGUUAUCCGAUUGAUAAAGUUGGGUUAGGAUGGAAGGUGUUCAUAUCUAUGUUCUUUGUGGCUGUUGCUGUCAUGGGCUCCAUCUAUGUUUACUACUACAGGGUUCCGGAUUAUUGGGUCAGGAAUUUGUCCCUGAAUUUGAUGCCCGGUAGACCGGUUCUAUCAAGAUUCCAAAGAAGAACUGAUAGCGUUCUGUCUUUAGCAAGAAGAGAUUCUGCGGUAUCUCGUACAAGUGCAGGGGGAUUCAGAAACCCUUUAUAUGACUCAAAGAGAGGUAGAGUUGUUGUGACUGAGUCAGUUGAGGAGGAAGAAUGAAAGGGGUCAUAAAAUAUAAUGCUGUCAUCAAGAAAUUAGUUUUCGAUCUUGUUUCUGUGAAUUGUUAAAUUAGUGAAAAAUUAUGUCAACCGAAAUGUUCAAUAUUAAAAACUAUUUUAACACGA